UCGAUGGGGGGAUUGCUCUCGAGAAGGUGGUCACGCUGACAGCACCUGCCCAGGGGUUCCCGCAGCUGGCGCCUGAACAAGGACCGGACACUUGUCCAGUUGUCCAGUCCUUGAGAGCGACUCCUCGGCACAGCAGCUCUGUGAGUUCCUGCAUCAGGAAAGAAGCACCGUUCAGACUCAGCUCCAGGGAGAGCUUUGUUGUAGAAGGACUGCUCUGUCUGGCCUGCCGACAACCUACUGGAUUUCAGCCAAGAAGACCUGUUUGCAGCUCCAGGGGGGAGCUUUCAGUGAACCAGGAGGACCAGCAGCAGCCAACCAGCCCCUCGAGCCUUAAGCAGGGAAAGACCAAAUAUGCUGACCACCAUUUCGCAGAAGGACAAAUACUUUGAUCACACGCUAAUGGCAGACACGGGAGCUGAUGGCACCAUCAUCCCCAAAGCCAAGUGGCGCUGCGACUGGGAGUUGAUGCCCCCUUGCAGCACAGUCUCCAGCAUCGGUGGAGCUGUCAACUCCCUCCACAGCAAAUAUCUGGAAACAUUCUCCAGUGAAAACAAUGGGAAGCAUGGCCUCCACUGCAGUAAUCCCAGGGAUACCCCACAAUAGCGCGAGCCUCAUCACCAUUGUCAUCUUCAUCGGUGCCCUCGUGACCCUCCAAGUGACCACUGGUUGGAUCGUCCCCCAACCAAAAGAAAACGUCUGGGUCAGCUUAGCAAGGUCUUUGCAACAGGACAAUCUCUGCAUGGCCAUGGGAAGUGUGAAUGACCUGCUCUCGAUGUGCCUGGUAGGGAUCCCCCUGUCACCAAACGAAUACCCAUAGGUAGGUAAGGAACCCAACCCAAUGGACACCUGGGAUGAAUGGGCAAGGAUUCUCCCACGUGCACCACAGGAGCGCCAGGAGUUAGAUCUACUGCGCUCCACCAGGGCAAGUUAUUGUAUCAAUUUUGCUUACGAGGCGAGGAAAAAUUGGCAAGAUACAAUGAGAUCACAAAGUGUUACUCAGAAAGAUGUCUCGCCAAAUGGCAAAUGCUACAAUAUAGCAGAAUGGUGUAACUAUACCAGCGCAACACCAUCUGAGUCCAUUCCUUAUCCCAGGAUGCUCCUGAGAGGUGUGUUCCUUAUCUGUGGUGAGAGGGUAUGGGCAGGAAUCCCCUCCAAAAUAAAAGGGGGUCCCUGCAGCCUUGGCCAGUUGACUACCCUCACCCCAAACAUUACUGUAUUACACGACUGGAGUAGGAACAUGAAAUUGACCCGCCAAAAGACAACUUACUCUGAAUUUGAUCCAGAUUGUAAUAGCCAAAUUUACAACUGGGGAAGAACGAAGAGGGUCGUGGUAUCCAUUUUCCUACCCUGGGUUGCCGCUGCAAAGGCCCUCGGUGAGCUUUCUCACCUGAGGUGUUGGCUUAGUAAACCGGCCAACACUACGUCUGCCGCGCUAGCAGACCUAUUGGCAGACGAAGAAACCACCAGGCACGCCAUGUUGCAAAAUCAAGCGGCAGUUGACUUUCUGCUGCUCGCCCAUGGCCAUGGGUGUGAAGAAUUCACAGGGCUCUGCUGUUUCAACCUAUCCACACACAGCACCUCCAUUCAAGCCAACAUCAAGACUCUUCAAGAACAAGUGAAGAACAUACAAGUGGAAAAGACAGACUGGGUGGACGAACUUUUUGGAUGCUGGGGAAUCCCCGGGUGGGCUGCCCUCAUUUUAAAAGGUCUUGCCUGGAUUUUUAUCAUCAUUGCCAUCGUUAUGAUAGCUAUGGUAUGUUUUAAGAAAGCCAUCCAAAAGACUGUGGGUGAAGCAUUUUUAAUUAAUAAGAAAGGGGGAGAUGUGGGAGGUGGCCAUAGGGAGGACAGAGAUAGAAUGCCAUAGGGAGACACCAUUGUGUAGAUCAGGAUUAAAGACUCCCCAUGAUCCUUUGUUUGCCCAUGCAAAUGUCUCUGUAAAUAGGUUGCUGUUCCUCCCCUGGUUCCAGAAACUUCUACCCCUCCUACUCCCCCAUUGGUCCUCCCCGAGAAACCACUCUCCUCUCCUUUCUCACUGGUUGUCAUUGAGUCACCCUAUCCCAGCUCCUCCCUUCUUCCCAGUCCCACUGGCUCAUUUGUACCCUAACCCCUCCUACCUUUCCCCAGUUAUAUUCCCUGGCCCCUCCCCUGUUCUGGGCUCCUUGCCUUGGUUCCCUUUGGCAGAGGUCAUGCUCCUGUGUGCUCUCCUCACCCUUACCC